AUGACGAGACUCAAGUCGCAUCAUAUCCGAUCGCUUGGUAGAUACGUGCGCAGCUUGGAACGAAGAGUCAAGGAGCUUGAGGAGCAGCUUGUCGUUUCAUUAACUCCACAAACCUCACAGGACAAUCUGGUAUAUUCUUGGAGCGAUGAUACGCACAUUCCUCUAGGAGAUGAGUUCCUUCACUCUGAUGGCAAUGGAAACCACAUGUCCCUGCGACAUGGGAAGAAUACGGUCUCAGAAUUUGCUGCUCUACCCUCUCCCAAGCACCUCAUUACAGGGCCAAGAUCUGAAGAUUUGGCCGAGGAGUUGAGGCUCCUGUCCCUAGAGGCAGCAGCAGAGAGAUACUUAGGACCUUCUUCAGGGCUUUCCCUAGCGAAGCUCACUCAAACGGUUCUUCAGCGUCUAUCGCCGGACCAAGAUGGGUUCAUGUUUGACGAGGAGAUCAAUGGGAACCAACACCAACCCCAUCACGAACCUGAUGCCGAUCACACUUCUUUCAGCCCCAUUUUCUUCGAGAUGAACCCAUCUGUGACCAGUCCUUUACCAAUAAAUAACAUCUUCGGAACACCAGCGGUUGAAGACUAUGAAGAUUCCAUCGGUCUCGCCUUGCUGGAAGUCCCCCACAUCAACUAUAUUCUCAGCUUCUACUUCGCUCAUUCCCACACACUCUAUCCGAUCAUUCGAAAAAGCGAAUUUGAAUCUGUGCUUUGGAGAGUGUAUGCCGAUCCUUCGAAUCCACUUGCACAGUCAUCUUUAUGGCAAUUCAGAAUAUGGAUGGUCUUGGCAAUUGGUUCAACGACGUACUGCUCGGUUUCUCUAAUGGAUGAAACGGAGCCUGUGCGAUUCUUUAAUAAAGCUAUGACAUACUUCGAGGCAGCUAUGGAGUGUGGUGACUUGAUUCUUGUUGUGAGCUCACAAUACUUACUCAAAGCAGGCUGGCUUGGAGCUCUCGGGAGGCCCUUUGCCAUCCAAGAUGGUGAUAUCACCGUCGAGCCAUUCUCCGAUGCUGAAGAUGUCAAUAUAAAACCAGAAGGCAUCGUUUCCUCGUCUACAAUGGAGCCGUCCACAAUGGCAGUUCCCCUCCACAUCCUAGCCCUCCGACGAAUUGCCAGUGAUAUUGGAAGCCAAGUACAUUCCCCCAAAUACAGCCAAAAUAUGACAGCAGAACAACGCGAAGAAACAAUAAAAGCCAUUCACAAACGACUUCUCGAUUGGCGCCGGAGCAUGCCAUUCCCGCUACCCGACCUGCAAUCGAAAGUACCGCACCUAUGCACCAGCUGGUUCGAUCUCAACUAUUAUACCCACAUUAUAACAUUAUACCGCCCAUCGCCUCUCAGUCCGAACAUGGAACCAUUCAGGAUGAAAAUUCUCGCGGAAGCCUCAGCCAUGGCGAUUCGACAGGCAGCUAAUCUGCACCGCCAGCGCAGGUUUGCAUAUAAUUGGCUCAAUCUAGUUGUUAUUUUCAACUCUUCUCUUUCUCUUAUGUAUACCUCUAUUGCACAGAAAGAGGAUUUAUCUCUUGUUUUGGACCAGCCUAGGGCUGCUACUGAUCUAGAGCUUGCUGUGGAGAUAUUAGAGGCGUUUGGGAACAAGUUUCCUUCUGCGAAGAAGAUUCAAGGCAUGAUUCGUAAGGUUUCGACAAAGCUUGAAACUUAUGCUACUUCUUCUGAUAUUGAGUUUUAA